AUGUUGACUACGCCUCAAAACGCGAACUCGAUGCGACGAGGGGCUGGGUCUCCUUCUAAUUAUGAAGGUGGAAAAUUAUAUAGCAAGAGGGCGAGGGAAAUCCAGGCUGAAGAAGGUGUCACAUCUGUCAUCUGGGGCCCUUUGAACACGACCAAUUCUAUUCGCGAGCAUGAUACCAUCCAAGAAGAGGUCACCUCCCCUACCUAUGGCGAAAACCUCACAGCUCCGACCACUACUACCAAUGCCCCACCAGGGUUGGCCCCACCAAUUGGCCGUCGGGCCCGUGCUGGUACGAUGCCAUCGAGGCUUCCACCUGGUGGUGGGUUGUUGCCUCCCCCGGGGCCUCCUAUGCCGGUAACCAGCCGUCCGAGCCCGUCGGUGAGCCCUUUUAAAUCGGCAUCGAUCAACAGCAACUCUGAGUCCGAUCUCUCUAAAAAUGGGUCAAAUCUCUCGACCUCCGCUGUGGUGUCUAGAUUGAGGUCCGGAUCUUUGAAUCUACCUCCUCGAGCAAAUUACGUUUCUCCCUUCGGCACCUCUAUCUUUAAUACGAGCCCCUGGCAGCCUACUGCUCGCGAAAGAGGCAUCAGCACAUCCUCCACCAAUGGACCUACCAGCCCCGCCCAAUCAUCUUUUUCUAGGGACGAUGAACACAAUGGUCCCAUGCGAACAUUGGACUACUUAGGACUAGCUGACCCUCCUGUCACCCGUAUAAACACUAUUCCUCUCGGCUAUGCGUCUAUGGCUGACCCCCAAAGGGUUAUCCAAAUUCCUCAACAACAGCUUAUGACCGAUCCCGCUACCCUCCAACGUAACCUUACCCGCCUCAGAUCUUAUUCCGUCAAUGCUAAGGAGAAGUACGCGGAGGAUGAAGAGGAGGAACUUAAUCGGGAGUACGACGCUAGAAGUGGAAACGUUACUCCUAACACUGUCAGCGCAACCGUAUUUCAACAGGCACAGGUCCAAGCACACAUUCAAGCUAUGACCAGCCCUUACUCUGCCGGUAAUUUUACUGCUAAUCGUCCUCGAGCGCGAACUGCCGGAAUCUUAGAUAGUCCGGCCCCCCGCACCAUGAAGAGUUAUAUGACCACUCCUUCCAGAUUGGGUGACAGUGUCUCAGCUUCUGAUAUGGGGGUGGAAAGAGAUUAUUUCACACUUGACAACGGCCAGCUCGCUGCCAAUGGGUUGCUCCCCCGGCCUUCCAGUGGCGGUGAAGCUGCUCUUUUAAGCACUGUGGAAGAAGGUCUUGAAGGCCCAACUCGAGCACUGUGGCUCGGAAACAUCCCAGCAUCAACCACAACUUCAUCCCUUGUUGCCAUCUUCCAGAACUACGGACCGAUCGAGUCGGCUAGAGUCCUGACUCACAAGAAUUGCGGGUUUGUCAACUUCGAACGCGUCGAGUCGGCCGUACAAUCCAGAAGCGUCCUCAAUGGGAAGGAAAUCUUCCCUGGCGCUGGCCCAGUUCGUAUUGGGUUCGCCAAAGUACCCACCACUCCGAACUCCGGUACCCCGGGACCGAUCGGUACUCCAAGCCCUGAUCCGAACGCUAUGGCCAACGGAAAAUCUGCUACCGAUGCUGGAGCAAGCAGCCCUCAGGAUGCUACCGGUGAAGAUGCUGAUCUAGACGCCGCCAUUGCCGUUCCCGACCUUUCCGAUCUCAAGACUGAUAUUGUUAAGAUCGUCCAGGAAUUUGGCGCUACCGAACAGGAAGCUGAACGUAUCGGCCAAAGUGUUGACAUCUCCAUCACUUACAACAGCUUUGCCGAUGAGAUUCCAUCUAUCCAAGAGCCAAGCCACAAUAGGGUUCAUGAUGCCCCCAAGUUGCGUGAUAUCAGGAAGCGCAUCGACAAUAAUACUUGUUCCCAAGCUGAGAUCGAGGAGAUUGCUGAAGGAAUGCUGGAUGAGAUUUCUGAGUUAGCAAGCGAUUAUCUUGGCAACACCGUGGUCCAGAAGCUCUUUGAAUUCUGCUCUGAAGAAGUCAAGAUGAAGAUGCUUAAGCAAAUCGCCCCACAUCUCGCUGAGAUCGGUGUCCAUAAGAAUGGAACUUGGGCCGGUCAAAAGAUUAUCGAUGUCGCUCGCACUGAUGAUCAAAAGAAUGUCAUUUGCGAAAGCCUUCGUCCUUACACCGUUGCUCUCUUCUUGGACCAGUAUGGCAACUACGUUUUGCAAUGUUGCUUGCGAUUUGGUGCUCCAUACAAUAACUUCAUCUUCGAGUCCAUGCUUGGAAAGAUCUGGGAGAUUUCUCAAGGUAGAUUUGGUGCUCGUGCCAUGCGUGCCUGCUUGGAAUCCCAUCAUGCCAACAAGGAUCAGCAGAGGAUGAUGGCCGCUGCUAUCUCGCUACACAGCGUUCAAUUGGCAACCAAUGCCAACGGCGCCCUCUUGCUUACCUGGUUGCUCGACACUUGCACCUUCCCAAACCGCAGGACCGUUCUUGCUCCGCGAUUGGUUCCCCAUCUCGUCCAUUUGUGCACUCAUAAGGUCGCAUACCUUACCGUGCUCAAGGUGAUCAAUCAAAGGAACGAGCCGGAAGCCCGUGAAGCUAUUUUGCGUGCGAUGUUCUUCUCCGCAGGUGACAAGACUUUGGAAGCUAUCCUCAUUGAUCACACCUGUGGAGCGACCCUAAUUUUCAAGGUGCUCACCACACCGUUCUUCGAUGAGGCUCUUCGCGCAGAGGUUGUCCAGAAUGUCAAGAACGUUUUGAUAAAGAUCAAGGCACACCCUGCUCAGGGCUAUAAGCGACUCAUGGACGAGGUUGGGUUACCGACUAGGAGUGGUAGCACCAAGGAACAUUCCCGCGAGCGUCGUGGACAUAGCACUGCUUCCCCAAGCCGAGGUGAACGAAACCGCAGCCGUGACCAUCAUCAUAACAGAGAUCAUCACCACAACCAGCACCAAUCUCACGGUACCCCAACUCGUGAAUUCAACCAGCCUAUCAACCCCGCCGCCGUUAACUUUGGCGCAUAUGAGCAGGCCGCUGCUUACGGUAUUGUUAACGGCCAAAUUCCCCGCAAUGGAGGAAUGGACCAAAUGGCUCAGACUAUGGAGCAACUCAGUUUGUAUGGACAAGCCCCUAUGGUUACCCAACAACAAUACCAAGCUACUAUGAUGGCAGCUGGCCGUGGGGGCCGACAGGUUCCGCAAGCCUAUUAUCCGGCUGUUCCGGCCCCGAUGCCAGGAUAUGUCAAUCAGCUUCCACAAAUGCCGGGAAUGGCUUCCCCCGCCAUGAUGAAUACUAGCCCAAUCACACCUCAAGGUGGAAUGGCUGGUUCUCCUAUUAUUCCAGUCGGAAUCCCACAAGGCUUUAACCCUAUGUUGGCCCAGAACAUGAUGGGAGCAUAUGGAGGCUACCCAGCCAUGAAUGGAGUUCCGAACAUGCCAGUCUAUCAGCAGCAACAACCACAGCCGCAGGCCAACCAGGCCACUAGCAAUAGAAGGCGUUAA